AUGCCGCUCGAGCGCGCGGUGCUUCUCUGCUCGGCGGUCACCGCGCUCGCCAUGCCGCUCGAGCGCGCGGUGCUUCUCCGCUACGGCUCGAUUCUGAACGCGAGCAGCAGCGACGAAGCGUGGGCCACGCACGCCCCGUGGCUGGACAAGAGGAUGAGGAAGAGGCAUCGCCGCCGAGGUCGCCACACGGAUCAGCACGAGCGUCACCGCAGCUACGUGGGGCCGACGGGGAGGUACGGCGACAUGGCCGCCUCGAUGUUUUCGCUGCUUUACUUCUCUGGACUGCGCGAGUCCUCGCGACUCCUGGAUGUGGGCUGCGGCUCACUGCGGCUCGGGCGGCUGGCCAUCCCUUUCCUGGCGCGCGGCAACUACCACUGCAUCGAACCCUCCCUGGCGGCCCUGUCUUCGGGCGUUCGCUACGAGCUCGGGACAGACCUCUUGCAGCUAAAGCUGCCGACAUUCGCGACGAACUCUGAGUUUGCGCCGCCGGAAGGCGAGGACGCGGUCGAUUCGUACGACUACUUGAUGGCACAGUCGGUGCUCUCCCACGCCGCGGAGGACCUGCUCGAGGCGGCGUUGUCUCGGCUUCGCCGCAAGUUGUCGCCUCGUAGCGUGCUCCUCGCCACCUUCGUCGUGCACACCGCGAGCACUCACCUACCGCGGCCCGAGCACCCCGCCGACGAAGAGAAAGGCUGGGUCUACCCGGCGUGCACGUCGAUCGAGCGGACGCGCCUCGCACGGCUCGUGGCGCGGCAAGGGCUGCGUGAAGUCGAGCUUGGCUGGCCACACGUGUCGCAGCGCUGGUUCGCGCUCUGCCUCGCAGGGGCGACGAGCUGCGAGCAGGUGAAGGAGGCGCUGCCCACGCUCAAAGCCGAGCCGUGGGCGAUGGAGGCCCGCCUCGCCAAGAGCGUCUUGCCCGCGUGA